AUGAUAGGACAAAGGUUGGACAAGAGAAGGACGAGCUCCUAUGCUGCUGCCGUAAUUUAUGACAUCAUUCAAGGUUGCAUGAAUGUUGGAUUAGAAAUAUCAUUGCUUGCAUUUGUUGACACGAUUUACUUUAGACAAAAGAUAUUUGAUUUGAUUGUGAAACUCACAAACAUUACUGAAAAUGAAUAUUUCGUCUUCUCUCCACCCGUCGUUGUGACCUAUCUUGUCAUUUCCAUUAAGAUAUUGUUGGAAAUGGAAAAGGUUGUGGAUUCAGGAGAGUUGAACACCAAUGGAAUUAAUUAUUACUCACUCUUGCUUCGAAACUAUCAUGCUCUGAACGUAUUGAGUAAGAGGUAUCGCAAAGUGAAUAAUCUUUAUGGAAGUGUGAUUGAACAGUUAAACGCUGUACUUCAAAAGAAGAAUACUCAAUUCGAAACAUUUUAUCAAAAUCCUCCUCUAGGACCAGUGUCACAACACGCAAAGAUUUCUCGAUUGGCUGAAUUUGACUCGGAAGUUAAAAAGUUUUUCAAGCCAUUCAUGGAAAAACCAAGUUUCAUUAAUUAUUUCAAUGAAAAAGCACGCACCCAAUGCCAAGUAGAUAAGCAAGUCAUUGAUAUAGAUCAGAAUGGCAGCUCUGGAGAGGCUUGUUCUUAUCCUAUGAAUGCAGACUCAGUGACAGAUAAUGAUUUUCUACAGCUGGACCCUCUAUUGGAUGGCUCUGUGUUGAAUUAUUUGGACAGCGAGAGUGCCGUCUCAACACCAGUCGGCAUCAUCAUGAAUGAUAAUGUCACACCAACAAGAGAUUGGUAG